GAUUAUUUUGGAUCCGUGGUGGGAGCACUGAAGAUAAUACAAAGGAUCAGACCGCUGACAUAGGCUACAUAUGUUACCAGGUGCAUGGUGGGAAUGUGUGCAGGAUGAGCAGCACAUUUGUAACAUUAGCUGAAGUAUUGGAGGCACGAGGGGGACCUCUGCUGGAGGAGGAGGUCUGGUCCCUGCUGCUGGGCACUGCAGAGUCUUUAGUGGAUGUCUCCUAUAAGGGUCACAAUAAUAUGUGCAAUAUCAUAAGCCCCACCUCCUUGCUGCUGUCAGCCACUGGUACCUUAGCAUUUAAGAACUGCGGCCUAUCAGAUGAUGUAUCCACCUUCACUGCUCCAGAGAUGCUGCAGGGCCGUGCCAGCUCAACCAAACCUGCCAUAGAGAGGAUGCUGGUGUAUUCACUGGGUAUGACUCUCUACUGGUCAGUUGAUUUUCACCUACCUCAAAAUCAGCCAGUCCAGUUGAGUGACCAUCUAAACAGCCUCCUCCUCAGCAUGUGUGAGGACCUGGCCCACCGCAGGAUAAAUCUCAACUCCAUCCUGGAAGCCUGCGAAUCUCAGCAUAGAGCCUCCAUCCUGCCGUCCCCUGCCAAAGUCAUCAGACAGCUGGUGGAGGAGGUCUUCCAUGAAUCGAUGGACCAAAGCUCUCUGCCAGACAGCAACGUCCCUCUGAGUGGCAGGAGUCAGAUGAUCAGAGAAAGACUUCAUGGAAAGAGAGGGCCAUUUCCAGACUUCAGCGAAGGUUUUGCUGAAGGGAGAAGAUACUCAACAGACUCUGACUCAAAGUCAGGGAGUUUAUCUCAGAGACCUUGGAGACACAGACCGAGGAGCUCUCCCACACCUUUGUACCACUCUUCUUUGGACAGACUCCCUCGCGGGGUUCGUCACAGGGACAGCAACUGCAGUUGGCUUGGUAGGAGCCCCCACCACGACCUCUCUCCCAAGACAUCGGGCAGGUCUCACAGUCCUUCCAUCACCUUCAGCGAGUCCUCCCUCAGCCUGAGCCAGAGGAAAGCUAAGGCGUUGGGUCCUGAGUUCAUCAGAAUGGCAGACGAACAACAAAUUGUUCUUGAGCUUCCGGGAUCUAUCGUGUCUAAAAAGGGCCGUUCGUGUGCAUCACUUCGAGAAGUGACUGUAGUGCUGCCUAAUGGACAGUACGUGGUGGUCCGAUGUGACAUCAAGUCCAAAGCAAGAGAUGUGUUUGACAUGGUGGUGGCUCAUGCAAACUUGGUGGAGCACUUCUACUUUGGUCUUGCCUUCCUAGAUGAUGCUGAAUAUUUCUUUUUGGACCAUGAAACAAAAAUCUCCAAAGUUGCUCCUGACAGUUGGAAAAAAGGGCAGAUAGCUUCCUUUUUGAUGUUUCUUCGAGUCAAAUUUUUUGUUGAUGAUAUCUCCUUCAUUUUGCACAAACUGACACGUCACCAGUACUACUUACAGCUGCGGAAGGAUAUCUUGGAGGACAGGCUUUACUGUAAUGAAGAGACAGGCUUGUUUCUUGCUGCUCUUGCUCUGCAGGCUGAGUUUGGAGAUUACAUGCCAGAGUUGUAUGGUAAGAAUUAUUACCAGCCAGAACAUUAUGUGUCAAAGAGGAUGCUAGAGAAGUUGGCUCUGCCCAAUGUGAAGGAAGAGUUGCCAAGACUACAUGCAAGUCAUGCCCAGAUGCUGCCUGAAGAGGCAGAAACAGAGUACCUGAAGAUUGCCCAGCAGUGCCCAGAAUAUGGGGUUAUGUUCCACCGUGUGGGAAGAGAGAAAAGGCCGGUGGUGGGAGAGUUGGUUUUGGGAGUCUGUGCCAAAGGAAUCAUAGUGUACGAGAUGAAGAACCACCUCCGGACUGUCACCAGACGCUUCCUCUGGAGGGAGACUGACUCUAUAUCCACUGGGCGACGUAAACUGAUUAUAGAGUGUGGUGGGCCCAGCGGGAAAAAGCACAGUUUUGUAACAGAGAGCUCAAAAAUAGCACAGUACCUCCUGAACCUUUGCUCGGCACAGCACAAGUUCCACAGCGAGAUGACGUCACGACAACUGAACCGCAGCAUGAUACCAGAUGAAAACAUGUCUGUCUACCGGGGCCGUAACUUGAACAUGAAGCGGAUGUCAUGCUCGGAGGGCAUGUUGAACCAUGUAGGUUUAUCACCUGGUCAGCCAGACUCCCUCUCCAAGUCCUGUGAUGACCUGACUGCCAAGCUGGAGGCACGGCUCCGCCAGCAGAGGGAGUUGAGGAGGGAGAUGAGCAGAGAGCUGAACAAGGAGCCCCCCGAAACAGGAGACCUCAGGGAUUUGAAAGAGCGGCAGUACUGGAGCACGCCGGAGCCGAUUCCCAGAAUGAUGUCCAGCGUCUCACUACAGAAGCAAGAUUCUGAUACCUCUUCCUCCAUACGAGUUGACACCCCAACCAGGACCCCACCAGAGAGAGAGAUAAUCUGUGUGAACCUGAAAAAAGAUCCUAAACUCGGCUUUGGCUUUGUCAUAGUGGGCGAGGACAAUACAGGUAAACUUGACCUUGGGAUCUUCAUUGCUUCCAUUGUGCCUGAUGGACCUGCGGACAAAGAUGGACGAAUCAAACCCGGUGGACGUCUCAUCUCCCUUAACAAGAUUAGUUUGGAAGGGGUAACAUUCAGUGAUGCUGCUGCCAUCUUACAGAGCAGCCCUGACGAAGUGGAGCUUAUUGUGUCCCAGCCUAAACAGUCUCUAAGGGACAGUAGGAAUUCCCUGAGUCAAAGCACUCUCGGUUUGGCUUUGGAGAGGAGCUUUGGCUCGCAGACAACCCUGAGUGGCACAGAGUUCCGCCCCGCCAUGGAGGAACUGGAGGAGGCCAUCACUCUGUCCAACAUGGCAACCCCCAAGCAGAGCAAGAGGCUGCACAUUCCUGUUGUGCGAAUACACGACCCAGAGGCUGUUUGUUCCCGGUCCCCCACUAUCUUAAGUCUGAAAACUGGGGAGAAGUUUAUAGUGGAGCUGAAGAAAAGCAAUGGUAGCCUUGGCAUCAGUGUUGCUGGAGGAAUAAACACCAAUGUGAGAUUUGGAGGCAUCUACAUCAAGAGUCUGGUGCCUGGAGGUGCUGCAGAGCAGGAUGGCCGCAUUCAGAUUGGUGACAGACUGCUGGAGGUUGAUGGGUCCAACCUGAGGGGCGUGAGUCACCAACAAGCUGUCGAGUGCCUGAAGAGGACUGGGGAGGUGGUGAACCUGCUGUUAGAAAGGGAACCCACAGUAAUCUUGGAGCCCAGACCCGACUCACCCUGCCCCCUCUUGGCCCACAGUUCAUCAUACACACAGCCCCCCAGGACUGAAGUCUCCGUGGAAACGACCUUGAGUGGUCGAGCCAAGGACUAUAGCUUUGUGACUGAUGAAAACACACAUGAAGUGGUACUAAAGAAGAGUAUGUCUGGGCUCGGCUUCAGUUUUUACAUCUCCCAGCUGCACUCAGGGCCAGACCGAGGCAGCGUGGUUCGCAUCAAGCGUCUGUUCCCGGGCCAGCCGGCACAAGAGAGUGGUCUGCUACGAGAGGGAGACGUCAUUCUGUCUGUCAACAAAGAGCCUAUUAAGGACCUCUCUUACCAGAGGGUUUUGUUCCUGCUACGUGGAGCUCCAUCUGAAGUUAAUCUGUUGAUCUGCCGACCAGGACCUGGAGUACUGUAUGAUGCAGAUGACAACACACUGAGCCCUUCACCCUUCCGUGAGGUCCGCUCCCGAUCUCUGGACAUCCGACUAGGAGAGGACUACAGCCAGCUCCUUAAGUUUCAAUAUGACCUCAACAUACUUGCCCAGAAGCAGCCCACAACCCAGGAGGAAGACCUGACCAACACAGCAGAGAAAAACCCAGAACCUCCUGCAGCUCCUGUGCCCCCGGAGAGCCAGGAGAGUCUGGACAGUGAAGUGCAGGUUGACCAGACUCUGCCAUCUCCUCCUCGGUCACCUCCCUCGCCUACCUCGCCUACCUCACCUCCGUCACCAGUCUCACCUGCCUCACCUGCAUCGCCAACAUCACCUGAGUCACAACCAACUUCUGGGAAAACAGAGGAACAACAGGAAGUAGAAACACAGGAGGAGAACAAGGAUGGUGAGGAGGCAGUCGCAACAACAUCAAGUUUAACCGUGUUAAUGGACGUCUGCCCUAAGACGGCUUCAAACUCUGUAUAUGCCAGUGGAGUCAGAGAGGAGGCAGAUGGAAGUGUGACCUACUGCCUCAUGGGAAAUGGACUGACUAUAAUGGCAGAUGAAGAGUACCUAACGAUCAGCUCCACCUUGGAGCCUCCUCACGGCCUUUCUUCCAGUCUGGCCACUCACAUGCCAACAACCAACCUCACAGGCCUCAGCUCUGAAACCUCCAACACAUCUUCUAGUUUCAGCUCUCAGAAUCCAAACCUUAACCCUCACAUCCCCACUACUACCAUCCCACCCCUCACCCUCUUGUCUGACACCCCGACCACUUGCGCCCUGGCACACCCGUCUCAGCCGCUCACAACCCAGCCACCCAAAGCCAAGCACCACCCAAUCCAGCAGGGGCUGUUUCCAAGUCAUUACAAAGCCAUCUCCAAGAGCAGCCUGCCUGUUGUGCCUCCUCCUCAGCCUCCUGCUCCGCCACAGACCCCCAUCACAGCCCAGAUCAUCUCCUCUGUGCCUCCCUGCACCAGUCCGCCUCCCCCGGCCCUACCGCCCACAGUACUGCCCCCACCUGUGCAGAGCCACACACAGGUGAGAGAAGAACCUGAGAAGAAAGAAAGGGAAUACAAUGAUGAUGAUUAUGACGAGGAUGAAGAUGAAGAGGAGGAGAGUCGAAGAAAGGGAUUAGUUAAAGAGUUUGAGCUCACAGUAGUUCUGACCAAGUCCAGGAGUGGGAGCUUUGGGUUCACCAUCACUCGAAGCAAACUGGACAACUGCUACUACAUACAGGAAAUAUUGGACAACCCAGCCAAGUCAGAUGGACGACUCAGAGCAGGAGACAGGCUCGUCACGGUAAAUGGGCAUGAUGUUACCAGUGUGGCAGAUGAUGUUGCCAUGACGAUUCUCAGGUCAUCCCCGAGAAGACUGAGUAUGACCCUGGGGAGGGCGGUUACCAACCUGGUGGCGCCACCGCCCUGCGAUAGCCUGCCUGAUAUUGUUCUCUACAAGACACCGUCAGGACAGCUUGGUAUAAAGCUGACAGGCGGCAUUGGCAGCAAAUGGCAGGGCAUCUACUGUCUGGCGGUGGUGCCAGGCUCUCCAGCCAGCGAAGAGGGCAGUGUCCAGCCCAAUGACAAGAUCCUCUAUAUCAGUGGCAGGUGCACCCUGGGAAUGACCCUAGAGGAUGCGGUCAAAGCCUGUGAGAUCGCCCCUCGUAAAGUGAAACUUAAAAUCAUAAGAGAAGAUCAGCCAGUGAAUCCCAAGGCUAAGUGGAACGGUCUGUUUGACUGGAAGAAGGACAGGAGGUUCUUUGCUCGUUUUGAAGAGCCUGUCUCACCGGAGAAAGAGUCUCCUACUGAAGAUACUGAACCUGUGUGUAGGACUACUGGAAACUUCAGAUGUCUCUCUCUCACUCAGGAGCAAGAUAGUUGCAUCAUGCAAGUGGAGUUUAUGAAACCAGAAGGAGGGGGUCUUGGCUUCGCUUUGGUCGGGGGAACCAAUGGCAGCAUGCUUAGAGUGAAGGAAAUCUGCUCUGGUGGAGUAGCUGAGCAGGACGGCCGGCUUAGAGUCGGAGAUAUUCUGUUAGAGGUGAACGGUGUGAUUGUGUCCGGGCUGAGCCACAGUAAGGUGGUGGAUAUUUUGCGUAAAGCUGAGGGAACCGUACAGCUCACCAUCUGCAGAGACAUUCUGCCCCUGACCUACUCCGAAUCACCUACACCGCCCAACAUGUCUGCUCAGACUGAAGCUAUUCUAGCUGAGCAGCCAGCUCCUGUUUCCAGCCCUGAAACCUGUUCCUCACCUGAUGUCAUGCUGAAUAAGCCAGUUGAGCGCCCCCCUGAGGCGACUUCAGACACUGUGGUUAAUGAAACAGGUGUGUUCCUUAACUCACCGCCUCCUCAACCACGCCGACUGACUGUAGUAACAGAUGAGAUUGCAAUUAAGCAGGAGAGCUGUAACAGCACCCCUUCUCAUCAAGCUUGCUGCCCAUCCCUCAAUGUCACUGACAUGUUGCAUGGAGCUUCUGACAGGAAACAAAUUGUGACCAAACUUUUGGACCAGUCCUGCAAAGACAUCCGGAAAACCCAGUCAGACGGCUGGAGCAGCGAAGAAGAAGAUGUAUUUGACGCCACCAGUCAGGAAAUGACGUCACCCCAAACAGGCCCACCUAUAGUAUCAGAGGAGGAACUAGCCAGUUUAGCACUCAUUAGCCCAGCUAAGACCAGCCAAUAUUCAGGCUCCAGGGUCAAAGCCCUCAUCCAGAUUCUGCAGCAUCAACUGGACCAGCAGGAACUGGUCAAAGAAUUCAUGGCUCUGGAGCAUUUGAAGCCUUCUGAUAACUGUCUGGUGGGAAAAGCUCCUGAGAACAGAGACAAGAACCGCUACAGAGACAUCCUACCCUAUGACAAAACCCGUGUUGCCAUCGGAGAGAACCAGGACUACAUCAACGCCAGCUUCAUCCGUAUGCAAGUUGGAGCUGAAGAGUUCUUCUACAUCUCUUGCCAGGGCCCUCUGCCUUCCACGGUGCCGGCAUUCUGGCAGAUGAUCUGGGAGAACAAAUCUGACGUCAUUGCCAUGAUGACCCAGGAAGUAGAACGGGGAAGGGUCAAAUGUCACAAGUACUGGCCGGAGAAGUUGGCCGUGCCUCUGGACACCGGCAGGUACCAGGUUCACCUGGAUAACCAACAGUACCUGGAGUACUUCCACAUAAAGGUCAUCCGUAUGGUGGAAACAGAGACCGGUGAGACCCACUUUGUCCGUCACCUGAAGUUCACACACUGGCCUGACCACGGAGUGCCGCAAUGCUCGGAGCAGCUGGUUCGCUUCAUCCGCUACCUGAGGGCUGUGCACCACAAAGGGCCUGUCACCGUGCACUGCAGCGCCGGCAUCGGACGUACAGGAGUUCUCAUCUGCACUGACAUUAUCCUCAGCCUCACAGAGAACGAUUUACCUAUUAAUGUGAGCAACAUCGUAAAGGAGAUGAGACUUCAGCGGCAUGGGAUGAUUCAAACCAAGGAACAGUACCUCUUCUGCUACAAAGUCUGGUUGGAGGUUUUACAGGGCAUUUUACAGCUGCAUGGCAGCCAAUGGCAACCGGAAAGUCCCCACGACCACAAAGUAGUUUGAAUGUUUCCAUCUUCAGUUCACCUACCUGUAAAGCACAGACUGUGUAUGUACGACCAUAAGACAUCUAUCACAGCACAGACUGGUAAUACCUUUUUCUUUGGCUGUAGUUAGCUAUGACAAGAAAUCUGUAAUUCUUUUCUGUUUUGAUACUUUGUGUUGAGGCCUACUGUUUAGUUAUGAAGCAAUCAGACUUGAAGUUUUUGUUCUUGUAUGUGCUCUCGGUGCUGUGAUUAUGUCAAUUUAACUUAGAUCACUGAGGGGUUUUUUUUGUUUGUUUUUUGGUUUAUUGCCUUUUCAGGCUUAGUGAUUUGCCUUCUGUCUCUAGCAUCUUUUUUAAAUUGUGUCACUAUUUUAAUAUAUCUCAUUUAUUUUUCUCCAUGUCAUUUAAUUUGCAAAUUGCAUUUAUUUUUAACAGUCAUAUUGCAUGGACUAUAAAAGUUGGUAAUAUUCACAUCUUUUAUCUGGCAGUAAUGUCACUAAGGUCAUCAAAGUGCAAAGUGUAAGAUCAUCAUACCAAAGUUAGUAUGUUUGAAAACUUGAUGAGUAGCUUUUGAUUAAGCAUUGUGUUAUCAUUUCAUUAAGUGCAUUUGUACCCUGGAGAAAAGGGCAUUAGCAAAAGAACAUUAUUCAUUUUUCUGUUCAUCACCUAAGGAAAUGAAAAGAAUCAAGUGCCUUGGAAUGACUUAUGCCGCUUGCUCCACAUUGACCCCAAAGCCACUUGCCACAAGCGGUCGGGGACAGAGAGCAAGAAACUGAUUUGAGAGCAACCAGAGAUGGUUAGAUUGAAUGUGCAGCUUUCAGUCUGUUUGUAGUCUGAGGUGGAAGUUUGGUUGACCCAAACCAGAGAAAGAUUACAUCUCACCUUUUAGUUAGUACAAGUGAACUGUAGAUGAAAUAUGAAGUUUGCACACCGCCUGUCAGCUUUGUUCAUUUGUUUGUUUGUGGGCCCAUUUUAUACAAAACAUCACAAUGAAAGUCUUACUACACAUUAUUGUAACUUGCACAUCCUAAUACAGAUAAAGAAUGAUUCGACAUAACGCAUUUUUGGAUAAAUUCAUACAUUUUCAAUUCACUCUUUUGCUAAAAUUUGGAUGAGGCGUUAACACUAAGUAUUCCGAUUUUUUUUAGCAAAGUGUACUAAACUAGUUGGCGGGCUUAUAGUGUGUGUAAUUUGUUAUGCGACAACAUCCUUUAUCUGUAUUCCAUAGCUAUUUUACUACAAACUCAGCCAAAAAUGCAAAAAAUAUGAAGAGGUUUACAAACUUUCCAUUUUGCCACUCUAGAUGUGAAUAUGAUGUACAAAGCAACAAAGCAACAAAGCUGCAUCUCUAAGUCACAGAACAAAGAUGAUUUAUAGCUGCUGGUUUGAACCUCAACCUUUGGAUGUAACUGCUUGUAGGCUUUGUUCUUUUAGCUGCUAUCACACACACACCAGCUCUCUUACUGCAUGCAGACUCUUGAAGUACAGACAUCUGAGCCUGGAGUUUGACUCAAUGACUUGAACAUGAUCGAACUGUGGAAUGUAACAAAGCAAUACCCUCCACGAAGAGGGGGAUUCAGAAUGUCGGCGUCUUACACGAUAACAUCUUCCGAUCUAUUUGGAGCAUGUUGGUAAGACAUAUGCAGUACUGCACCUUUGCCAUGUGGGUGGCUAUGCAGAGCCAUCAGCCUCUGUACUGUGUAUGCAACAUCAUUUCACUCAGUGCUGGUCGGUUGGUUUCCAGCCAUAAGUAGCCCUCUGUUAUGUGCAAGUUCAUGUUCUCUUUGAGGUCCUGCUGAUAUGUUUUCUCUGUCAGAUCUUGGAAAAUGAUAAUUCUUGAAAAAACAAACUAAAGCACAUUUUGCAUUCAUCUGUGAAAAAGCAUCUUGUACAGUCCAGCAAGUGCUUGUGCAACAGCAUUGUGAAAUGUAAUAACCCUUAAUUGCACAACUGCUUAUUUAUGCUAAAUUAAUAUCUUGUCACUGUACCAGCCACUAUGUAACCAAUAACUGAGAACAAUAUAAUACCUCUCUCUUUAAUUAAAAACUAUUCUGAAACUUG